AUGAAGAACGACACAACUGUCUCAAAGUCUGUUCGUGAUAUUUUAGACUACUUGCUUCAUUUGGGUCCUACAGGAUUUGACCCAUAUACAACUCAAUGUCAAGUACCAUUCAUAAACGACUCAGCAGAAAUAAAACUCAAAACGUCAACAGUAGAUGAAGCAAUUGCUGACUCAUUGACAAAACUUCUUGAUAUAAUAAUGAGGUUCAAUACAUUCAAAACAACAUAUGAAACCUUUAAGAAAAAUUAUGACGAUUUCUUUAAAAUUACAUACAUCGAGCCUUCUGCUCCUCAAACACCAGACUAUGCAUGCCUUAAAAUAAAGGCUGCACGGACACAAGUUAGAACAUUGACUUUUGACGGAGAUAAUAUCGUUAGAGACGUUACACCUGGAGACACAUUACUUACGAAAGAAUACUUAAAAAGUCAUAUCAGUGAUUUUGUGAAAGUAGAACAAAGUGGAGCAGGUAAGAGUUGGUUAGGGUGGUUGUUUACUUUAUUUUCAUCAGGUGUAACAACUGCAUCUCUUAUAACCAUGCAAAGUGAGAUAGAUGCACUCUGGGCUUUUCUUGGUGGCAUAGAUAGCAUGAAGUUUUAUGUUGAGUUUGCUAAAUUACAUGGAAAUACAGGAAGUUUCUUUGACGGUCUCAAAAAUUUAUGGGGUAAAGUAACAUAUAAUACAAAGAAACUAACUAACUGGGCACUCAAACGUAAAAAUAUGUUCGACGGACUUGCUUACAACCCUCGUCUCGGAAUUAUUGAACCAAUUAAUUUACAUCCUUUAAUGGCAGCAAGAGAUUUAGAUGAAGGAGGACAAGUGGUUCAAACAAUU